UUGUCUAAAUUCAACAGCAAUUGCUCAGAAGUCCGCAUCAGCCCUUCCACUAUGUUGCCUUUGGUUCUCCUCUUCGCCGCCGCUUUGGCCAGUGGUCCUCCUGUCGUCCUUGACGACCCAACACUAUGUAAUCCAAGUGGUUACAUCGCUGGUGUAGAUCUUGGAUUGGAUUGCUGCACUUUCGUUGUAUGCGACAACGCUAGGCUAAACAAGACUGGCUUCCAGGGAAAAUGCAUGGGAGGAACCGCAUGGAACCAAGCUCUCCUGGUAUGCGAUGAUGUAAAAUACGUUCCUGAUUGCGACGUAACAACAUGUGACGUGCCAAAGAGAACCAAUGCCGAGUGCGCCGAUCCUCAGCCAACUGGUUCCACAUGUUGUGUUGGACAGAACAGAGAGGGAGGCAAGAACGGUUACGAGCCAGUCUUCACCGCUGGAUCCGCACCUGAAUUUUUUAUCCGUGGAAACGAUCGUGAUGAACAGAAGUGUCCAUUAGGCCAGGUCUUUGUCCUGGAAUCAUGCUGCUGUGAAUACGAAUAUGCACCCGCUCCGCCAUGCGAUGACACAACCGGGUUCUACUUCGCCGACCCCGACGACGCAUGUUGCACAUACCUUCAAUGUUGGGCCAACAGGACCGGGUUUGAUACCGUCCCAUGUAUGCCACCAAGUGUGUGGAAUGAUGACAACAAAACUUGUGACAUUAAGUAUAACGUCAUGGAUUGCAUGGCUGCUGAAUGUGGAGUUGAGAUGACUGAUGAACCAUGCCCAGAUUCCUUCGAAGGGGAUUGUUGCCGAAAUGGAUUGUUCUACACACUUGGCCCAGAUAGUACCCAGUACACCAUCGCUGGAGCAGAGGGAAUGGACAAUGAUCGUCUACUUUGCUGCCCAGUAAACAUGGAUGGAAACCAGAUGAUCUUCAACGCUGACCCAGAAGUGUGUUGUUGCGAAGUAGAAGACUUAGGAUUGUAAUCGUAUUGUGAUGUAUUGUUCACUGA